AUGCAGGCCCCUAAGCAGAUCGACACCGGCUUCGGCUCCUGCCUUGCACCCAUCGACCUCGAGGCCGCUCACCUGGCUGCUGAGCGCCUCCACCACCUUUGCAUCAACCCUCCGCUCCCGCAGUAUCCUGCUGGAUCUUCGCACGGCGAUGACUUCCACCGCACCAAUUUCACCAUGCCCAUCGCAUACCCGCGUGCCACCUACUCUGCACCCCUUGCCGGUGGCGAGUCGCUCUCGGAGCUGCUCCCGGGCACGCACGAGGUGCUCUCACAAAAUGCUCGCGCCGUCGACGCCUGCCAUUUCGUCCCCGUCAAGGUGGAGCCCACUCCAGGCCUCUACACUCCCUUUGCACGCGGAGGAACCGACCCUAAGCAGCUGCGUAAGCGCCGCGUGCUUGUCGUCGAGCGCCUCAUCCCGAAGCGCGCACCCAAGAAUCCGGAUGCCAAGAUCCUCAUCCUCACACAUGGCCUUGGCUUCUCCAAGGAGUGCUAUAUCCCCAUAAUCGACGAGCUCUUGCGAACCAAGCCCAACGAGAUCGAGGAGAUUUGGAUGAUUGACACUCUCGGCCACGGCAUGUCGGCCGUGAUCAACCGACAGCUGGACGACCCCAGCCCACUUGAAUUCAGCGAUCGCUGCAUCGAUGGCAACGAUCUCGCUCGUGACAUCCUGCAGUUCAUCUGCUGCUUUAUGCCAUCGACGCCUACCACCACGCCUGUCGAGCCCUCGCGCACGCUCGACUUCCACCUACCACGCUUGCCGCGCAAGAAGCUGGUGGGUAUCGGCCACUCUUUCGGAGGCUCUGCGCUGAUGCAGGCCUCCUACCACUUUCCGGACCUCUUUGACUCGGUUUCGCUUCUCGAGAGUAUUCUGUCAACUUUCGAGUCGGCGGAUCGCAUCCACGCUGUACCUCUGGCUAGGUAUACGCUGCUCAAGAAGGACCGUUGGGAGUCGCGCGAAGAGGCCCGCCAGGAGGCGGACAGCGACAAGCACAUGAGGCUCUGGCAUCCGUCGACGCGAGAUGCAUUCGCAGCAGGAAUGCUCACCGAGUCGCUCACUCACCCUGGCACCGUCGAACGCAGCGCCGACAAGGUGGCCGAAGCGCUCUCGAUCCGUGGCAACCGUCCCGGGAUGCAGCUGUCGCAAUACCUUCACUGCCUGCCCGCUCGCCUGCCGGUUCUGUUCGUAUCGGCGCACAAGCCGCUGCUGCUUCCGCUCGAGGAGAUCUUCCACACGGCACAGGGUAUCCCCAACUUGCACUUUGAGGUCAUGACUGGCACCCACAACCUUCCCCACGAGCGACCCAUCGAGAUCGCUCACCGCAUCAUCCGCUUUUGGCGCGAGACCGACGUCUCGAUGCCCUUCUUCCGCGAAAGCCGUCUGUAG